AUGUUUAGACUUAUAGUGAAUAAUGUCUCACACAGGAGUAUUAUUCAGGGGUCAAGGGGAUACUCGACACUGCAACAACAACACAACACCAAGAUAGUGAGCAUCCAUCCCAAUAAUGUAGAUUGGGACAAGAGAUGGUCGGUCAGUGAGUUGGUCGAGGGCAGCUCAGCACACGUUCAUCAGAUACCAGAGACAAAGUUGAGACAUCUUGCAUCAUUGGCAAUGCUGAGGAUUGAUGAUGCCGAUGUUGACAAGUACUGCAAGCAAUUAGGUAGUGUUCUACAUGCAGUUGACACAAUGCAGAAAGUCGACACAAACAACGUUGCGCCAAUGCGUAGUAUACUAGAUGACUAUCCAUUACAAAUGCGUCAGGAGCGAACCACUACUACGACUACAACUCAAACAGACAAUAGUGAUGGUAUCACACCAGACAUACUUCUACAACAUACAACACAUCGAUUUGCAAACUUCUACACAGUUCCACAUCGCCAACAAGGCAGUAGCAGUGGAGGAAGCAGCGGCAAUGCCCUAGACGAGGGAGAGGAUGAGUUAUAA